ACUUUUGUAUAUAUGUUGUUUUUAAUAAAAGAAAAAAAUUUUAUCCUCCCGCAACCGCCCGCAACCGCAAACGCUAGUUGGAGCCAGCUUUUGAAUUUAUGAGAUUCGGAGCGGUUUGAAGCGGUUUAGAACGAUUUGAGUGAUUGUUGCAAACCGCUACCAACCGCAAAAGCUGCGUUUGCGGGUGGUAGCGGGAAAACCAGUCGUCCCCUAAGAAUGGGUUAUAUUAUCUUUCAAUCGGACCCGUGAGUUAUUUACUCAUGAGUUUGACAUGAAUAGAAUUGAAAGAUUCAUUUCGUUUUUACAUUAAAAAGUUUAGAUUCAAAUCCAAUAAUAUAACUUAUAUUUAUUUAUUAAUGCAUAUUGAUUGGAAAAAUUUGAUUAAAUGUAAACAAAACUGUAAGGCAUAAAUCUUCAUAAAUCAUCUUGGAUAGAUACUAUCAAGGCCGACCCAAAAAAAAAAAAAGCUGAUGAGGCAUUUGGUUCGGGGACGGCCAACACUAUAUUUAGAGGCAAAUAUGACGAAUAUAUUUUAUAGCUUUACUGGUCAAGACAUAAUAUAGAACACGUAUGAGCGAGGUCCAAAUCCUCCAACUUAGUUUUUAGCAAAAACAAAAAUUUCACUUCUAGACCGCAGUAUAUCAGAUGACUUUGUAUCCUUUGCAAUUCACGCGUAAAUUUGAAAGGAAAAAAAAAAAUCCUCGGCGCAAAUCAGCGAGGGAUUUGCAAAAACUUUGCGUAUCACUAUGUUUUUUGACUUUGUCGCAUUUUAAGAAAAAAAUCUUUAUAGCAAAGGAAGGAGACUAAAAACUUAAUUUUUUAAUAGAAACAAAUCAUGAGUUUUCUUUCUGCAAAUUUUGUGGAUACGAAAGCUUAUAAAACAACAAAAUUAUUACAAGAGUGCAUUUCUUUGAGCCUAUCCCCUCCAAAAAAAAAGAGAAAGAGAAAAUUUUUAGGAGUAGUAGCUUUUGAUUGAUCAUGGAUUAUUCGGAUGAUGAUGGCAUGCUUAAUAUUGAAUCAGGCGAAGAAAACUUAUACAUUGACCACACAUCCGAAGCCGAUUAUGGAAUGGAAGAAGAUAUGCACAAUGAUUCCACAUCGAAGCGAGAUCAGAUAAGUUACAUAGUUCUCAAAGAAGAAGACAUCCGUGAGCAUCAAAAGACCGACAUCAAACAAAUUUCUACGGUUCUCUCAAUAAACCAAGUCGAAGCAAUCAUUCUGCUUCUUCACUAUCAGUGGAGUUCUAGUAAAGUCGAAGAUGAAUGGUUUACUAGCGAAGAGAGAGUUCGUAAAACCGUUGGUAUGUUGAAGGAGCAUAUGGUUGAUCUCAAUGACCAAGACGUGAACAUUGGAUGUGGAAUUUGCUUUGAAUCAUAUCUUCGCAAGGAAAUCGCAACGGUUUCUUGUGGUCACCCUUAUUGCAAGACUUGUUGGACCAGUUACAUAACUGAGAAAAUCAACAAUGGUCCGGGAUGUUUGAUGAUUAAAUGUCCUGAGCCUUCUUGUUAUGCUGUGGUUGGUCAAGAUAUGAUCGAUAAGUUGAUAACAAUAGAAGAAGAUAAGGAGAAGUACUGUAGAUAUUUUCUUAGAUCUUAUGUCAAAGAGGGAAAAAACAAUAUUAAAUGGUGUCCAUCACCUGGAUGCGUAUACGCGGUUGAUUUUGGAACCAGGAAUGGAACUGAAAAUUAUGAUGUUACAUGUUUAUGUUCUUAUGACUUUUGCUGGAAUUGUAGUGAAGAUGCUCACCGUCCUGUGAAUUGCGACAUGGUGUCAAAAUGGAUUACUAAAAAUAUCAAGGAUAAUGAAUCCAAAAACAUGACUUGGAUACUUGCGAAUACGAAGCCUUGUCCGAACUGCAACUGUCAUAUCGAGAAGAACCAGGGAUGUAACCGUAUGACCUGCCCAAUUUGUAAUCAUAGCUUUUGUUGGAUUUGUCUUUGUCCAUAUGAUGGUCGCCACACAUGCCACAACUUUGAGGGUGAUGAUGAAACAAAAGUUAAGAGAAAAAGGGCGAAAAGGGUGCAAAGGACAAUCGACAGAUACAUGCAUUAUUAUGUAAGAUGGGCAAACAAUCAAUCUUCUAGGCUAAAGGCAAUGGAAGAUUUGAAGGAAUUGCAAGCGGUGCAGCUUGAGAAGCUUAGUGUCAAACAAUGCUUCUCACAAACUCAGCUCCAAUUCACCGUAGAUGCAUGGCUUCAGAUCAUCGAGUGUAGGAGGGUGUUGAAAUGGACAUAUGCAUAUGGAUACUACAUUCCUCGGGAGGAACGAACCAAGAAACAGUUUUUUGAGUAUUUGCAAGGGGAGGCUGAAGUUGGUUUGGAGAGGCUUCAUCAUUGUGCAGAGGAGGAGCUGCAACACUUUGUUGAUGAAACUGACGAUCCAUCUACAGAUUUCGAUGAUUUCCGCAAGAAACUAAUUGGUUUGACUAAAGUAACCAAAACCUACUUCGAAAAUCUAGUGAAAGCUUUAGAAAAUGAUCUUGCUGAUGUAGCUGUUGAUGAUAGCAAAUAAAAACCGAUCUCCAAAUUUGAUAUCAAAAGACAAAAGUUGGUGAUAACGGUAAGAGGAAGAUCCAAGUGGGAAUUGAAAGUUCUCUGUUUCAGUUACUAAAAGAAUGCAAAACAACUGGAAAAUACUCUCUGUUUUUAUGUUUUUCCUGCCAAGGGCUUUAGAGUUUGUAACAGUAUUAAACCUUUUUUCUAAUUAUUCAUUAGCAUAAACGAAAUUGUACUGUUAUUUUGAGGUUUGAAGUCUGCUUUUGCCUCGGGUAAGAUUUUAGAGAACACUAAAAUCAUUUCUGUUUUCACUUUGGAAAGGUCCUCUGCCUAGAAAAUCUUGUCAAGCAAAGAAGAGUAGUAUUGGAACUCAGAGAACUUAAAGAUCCAAUACUUGUUUUUUACUUUAGUUUUCUCGUUCAACAGAUUUGACUAAAGUCAUCAAAACCUACUUCCAAAAUAUAGUCAAAGCCUAGGAGAAUGAUGGUCUUUCCGAUGUGGAAACAUAUAAUCUCGCGGCUAGAAAUGAAAGCACUAGAAAACAGUAUACGCAGCAGCACGGUUCUAUUGCAAUAGAGAGAACAUACGAAUCCAUAGAACAUAUUUUUUUUUUGAUAAAAAACAUAAAACUAAACAUUACAUAUCUUAUUCUUCUUCUUGUUUGUCCAUAACUUUCUGAUCUAGGACUGGACAUUUUAUCCGUUAAAUUUGAUUCAAUUGUUAUUUGUUUCGAUUCGAUCUGAAAUUUUUGAAUAUUCGUAGACUUCCGAAGUAAAGCAAAUACUAAAAAUCAGUAUCCGUUAAAAUCAAAGCAAAUCACAAAUAUCAAAAUUUUGGAAAGCGGAUAUCUGCUUCGAUCCAGAAAUAUAUAAAUACAUGUACAUCUUGAUUAUACUUAAUGUUUUAAAUGUAUAAGUUUACAUAAUAAUUAUUAUAACAUAUGAUUUGACAAAUUUUAUUUACAUUAUUACUUAUACAAAGUAUUACAUGAAAAAAAAGAGAAAAAAAUUAUAAAACAAUUAUAACUUUUUUCUUAAGUUUUGUGUUAUUAUAAUUGUUAACUAAGUUUAAAAUUUUAAAAAUAUGUAGUUUCACUAUUUCUUUUAGUUUUUCUUUUAUAUAUCAUGCAAAAAAUAUAUUAAAAAAUAAAUUUGUAUUGAAUUUUUUAGAUUAUUUGUAUUAAUCAAAGCGGAUGAGAUAUCCGUAAGUAUCCGUAAAUAUCCGUAAAUAUCCGUAAAUAUCCGUAAAUAUAUAUUUUUUCGGAUAUCUGUUUUUAUGGAUAUCCGUAUUUUUUCGAAGCAAAGAAAAUCAAAAAGUUAGAUAUCCGUAACAUACGAAGCAAAUCACAAAUACCUUUAAAAAUCCGGAUAUCUGAUCCGUGUCCAGCUCUAUUCUGGCCAUAGCUUUUUGAAGUCUUUUAAAAAUAAAUACAUAAUGGGGGUGAUUGGUUGGACUUUAUCUCCCUACUUUAACUUUAUUUAUUUUUAAAUCACUAAAUUUUACCAAUCAUGUGGUAACUUUUAAAAUACAUCAAGUUUUUAUUUAGUUUUACCAAUCAUGCUUUAGCUUUAUUUUUAAAGGUACAGCAAAAAAAAAAAAGCAAAACUUUUUUUUUAUGUAUUUUAGGCAAAAACUAUACAUCUUCUUUUUAUAGGUUGUAGAAUCUGUAAAUGAAAAAAAAAUCUGUAAUAUCAAAUAAAUUAUAUAAUCAUAAUAAAAACUUUUAUAAAUAUUUUAAUUUUGAAUUUGAGUGUUUUAAAAUUAUUAAGAUAUUUAAAUAAUAUAAAUAUUAUUUACAUAUCACAUUUUAAAUUACAAUAAAUUUUGAUAAUUUAUUUAAAAAAAUAUUAAUAUAAAUUAUUUUAAUUGAUAUAAAAUAAUAAUUUUAUAUAUACAACACAUAUUUCAUAUAUUUUAUUUUAAAAUAUCUACAGCCUACAACUUAUAGCUACAACAAAUUUAACUAUAGCAAAAGUCUCUGCAGAAAAAAAUCUACAGUAAUAACUUUACAGCUACAACCGAUUUAUCUACAGGUAAACAUAUACAGCUAAAUUUUUAAAGCCACUGUCGAACUAAUCAUCACUAAUAUUAUAAUAAUAUCAAGAUAAUACGCGAUACACAAAAAAGAGAGAAACUGAUGGAAAUAAUAGUAUUUUUUGUGGUACCCACCCACCUAAUUUCCUUCCACACGUUUUUAAUACAAGCUUAGCUUAUCGACAAACUUUUUUACCAUCUCUAUGGAGCUUGCAUGUCACUCUGUAAACUUCAUACCAGAUUGAUUUUAACCGAAUACAUUUCUGAGAAAUCAACUCUCCAAGAAAAAGAGUAAUACUCUUAUAAUGCAUAUAUAAUGAAAGAUCCUUCAAAAUUUACACUCGGCCAUUUUAAAUAAAAAAUAAUAAAAUAAAAGGAAGUAAAGAUAUACUGAAAAAUUCUAGGGCUGGCCAAAAAAUCCGAA